AUGUCGACUUCUCCGCCGCCGACUUCGACCAAGCGCCCCCUCGAGGAGGUGUCUUCUCCGUCCCGCACCGGCGAUCAGCCCGACGCCAAGCGCCCUGCGCUGGACAAGGUGGUCCGUAACGAGGGCGAAAUUAAGGAAAGCAACGGCCUCCCGUCCAUUCCCCCGGUUCCCAUCUCGUCCCGUGAGUCCAACGGCAGUGGCAAGACCAAUGGCGACAAGAAGGACAGCACCAAGGACGAUCAGGAUGCAGCCAGCACCCCUGACGGCGCUGAAGCCAAGUCUGCCUCAAGCACUACCAAUAACUCUGCGCCGGCCCAGGGCAGCUCGGCUAACGCCCAUGACGAGACUGCUUGGAUCCACAUUCGUGCCGUUAUCUCUAGCCCGGAGGCUGCUACGAUUAUCGGCAAGGGUGGUGAAAACGUGUCCAAGAUUCGCCAGAUGUCGAAUGCGAAGUGCACCGUCAGCGACUACCAGAAAGGCGCCGUUGAGCGCAUCCUCACAGUGAGCGGCGUCGUCGACGCGGUUGCCAAGGCCUUCGGUCUCAUCAUCCGGACUCUGAACAACGAGCCGCUGGGCGAGCCGUCUAAUGCUCACUCAAAGACGUACCCACUGCGUCUUUUGAUCCCGCACAUUCUGAUAGGUUCCAUCAUUGGCAAGGGCGGUUCCCGUAUCAAGGAGAUCCAGGAAGCCUCUGGUGCUCGGCUGAACGCCUCAGAUUCGUGCCUGCCGCUUUCGUCGGAGCGUUCGCUUGUUGUUAUGGGCGUUGCGGACGCUGUCCACAUUGCGACCUACUACGUGGGCAGCACUUUGUUGGAGCAGCUCAACGAGCGCUUUGGAGGCCCGGCUGCUUCUGCCUAUGCUGCCCGUGGUGGUGGGCCUGUUGGCCUGGUCCCUGGCGGCAUGCAGGUUGCCCCGUACAUGCCGCAGGCUGCCACUGGCAACUACGGCCGCCCGGAAAACUACACCAACAACAACGCAAGCGGUCGCCGGCCGGAUGCUCGGUCGCACAUGCCUCCCCAACCGUACGGCGCACCGUACGGUGCUCCCACGGCCCACGGCGGCCCCGGCCCGGUAGUGCCCAUGUACGGUGCCCAGGGUGGUGCGGGUGGUUAUGGUGCUCAGGUACCGCCGCACCACGCUGCACCGCACCACGGCGGCCACCAGGCGCACGGUCCCCACGGCGGACAGCCCAUGCACAGCGGCGGCCCGGCCGGCCCUGCUGGUGGCAUGCCUGGCGCACCCUUGACGCAGCAGAUUUUCAUUCCUAACGACAUGGUCGGUGCGAUCAUUGGCAAGGGCGGCCAGAAGAUCAACGAGAUCCGCCAGAUCUCGGGCAGUAUGAUCAAGAUCAAUGAGCCCCAGGAUAACAGCAACGAGCGUCUCGUGACCAUCUCAGGUACCGAGGAGUGCAACCGCAUGGCCCUUUACAUGCUGUACUCUCGUCUGGAAAGCGAGAAGCACCGUGCGUAA